AUGGAAGUUUUCAGUACUACGGCCGCUGCUCUCGGAGUGGCAGCACUAUUCAGUAACUGUGUUGACUGCUUUGAGUACAUCCAAUUAGGUCGUCAGUUCGGCCAAAACUUCGAGCGAUGCCAGAUCAAGCUUGAUGUCGCCCGAACCCGUCUUGGACGUUGGGGCCAGGCCGUCGAUAUCAGCCAUGAUCCGCGAUUUACCAACGGUGUGGCGGGUGAUGAAGUCACUCAACAAAUUCAGGUCAUACUUGAAGAAAUCAUGCUGCUCUUCCAGGCUGUCCAAAAAUCCUCGAAACGGUACGAGCUCAAGGCAACGGAAGCGGACCGGACGUGCUUUGCAAAUGAGCAUCUGUGCCCUGGGAUCAGACACGUGCAUGGGCGGCUCGAAAAGAUUGCGCGUGAGCGACAGCAACAGACGAGUCUGUUCAAGAAGGCCAGAUGGGCACUCUAUGACGGGAAGAAUUUGGACAAGCUGGUUGGAGAGAUCACGGACUUUGUUGAUGCACUGGAGAAGCUGGUGCCCCCUGCUGAAGCAGUUCAGCGCCAGCUAUCUGUCAUGGAACUUGAAGGAGUUGACGAUGAGUCGGUUCUCAUGGCUCUCAGGGAUGUUGCGGUGGACACUGAUAGCAUUUUAUCCAAAGCGGCGGAUCAGAAACUGGAGACGAUCUUGGCCAGGAAUCAUGUCGAACAGAUAGUUGGAGACGAGGAGGCCAAUGUCUGGGUUGGAAAUCAGUGGAAUUCCAAGUGGAUCGGUGGUUUGAGGGAGCGAACGGAGAAUACGGUUGUGUCAAUUGCGGCCAGGGGGAAAUCCGCAGUCCACGUGGGAAAUAAGUACGGGUGA